AUGUCCUCGCCUUGGAAGAAGAAACAGCCGGAGGUGGUGGCCGAUGCUGUUCUGAAGAGGGCUGAACUGGGCAAGAUUAGCAGAAAGUUGAAGGCAACCCUUGCUCUCGCACAAUACAAGACUACUCGGGGCUGGGAGAACCUCUCCCUUGCCGCAAUCGAGCCGAAGGUCGAGGAAGAGCUGAGGCUGAGGAGACCCCUCUCCAGCGGGGACAUACUUUCCGAUUCCUCAUCAAGCUCAGCUUCGAAUUCGGAGUUUCAGUUCCCUGCUUCUCGCCAACUCAUGAGCUCCCCCCUCAAAGAAGCCGCAAUCUUCUCCGACCAGAUUGGCCCCCGAAGUGGUACCAGAAGCGGCAGCGGAUACCCAAAGCGCACGUAUCGUGAUGCCUUUGACCUCCCAGGCUCCAGUUCGAGCAAGAAGUACCGCUCUUCUCCAACUACAUUCCGGAACACCGUUGGCAGAUCAGCUAUCCCCUUCAACAACCUACAGCAAACAAAGUCGUCCCCUAUCAAACCUCGGAAGCAAACCCACUUCACGACAUCGAGCGGCCCGGGCAUCUCGUUCUACUCUGGAGCGUCUCCUUUGCCCAACCACGACCAUUCUACCAACUUUGCUGCUCUAUCAGAUGAUGAAGAAAACUCACUCCCCGUCCAUUCCUUCAACCACAUCCGCUCAUCUCCCCCACGCACUCCUCCUCCAAUUCGCAAUCGAGGCAACGGAGGCCGUCGAAGCAAGGACAAGAAUGGCAAGCUAGGAGAGGAGGGUGCAGACUUACUUCUCUUCCUUGCGACCUCACCAUCUCCGGCCAACCCUGCAUCUCGGAACCGCAUGGCGCCUCCAUCCACCCCACCCCCAAAGAACCCGGCCUUGCCUUCAUCCAUGAUGAACACCCCCGGAGGAGGUGCUGGAUUACUCUCGAUCUUCGGUGGACCCAACACACCCUCCUCAAACUUCAACUUCGAGGAUUAUGUUAAUGUCACGCCGAGCCCGGGGCAGAAUGCUUGGCCCAAGACCCCAAGGACCGCCAGGACUCCGGCGAUGUCCAACCGAAGAAACCUCGACUUUGACGGCCUCAAUCCGCCCCUUGUCAGCCCAGCUACUUCGAAGCGUACCGGUCUCGGCAUGCAAUUGGGUGGUCAAUUGGGAGGUGAGCUUCUGCCUUGA